AUGCGCCGCGUCGCCUGCCUCCACCUGGGACUCCUCUUCAUCCUCAGCAUGACCAGCACAGAUGCCUUUGCCCGGGCAGGCCGCAGGGUCUGUGCCGCGGUGCCGCGGGGCCGGGCAGCCCGCGCCGAGUCCCACGUCCAGCCCGUGUACCAGCCCUACCUCACCACCUGCCAGGGCCACCGCCUCUGCAGCACCUACAGGACCAUCUACAGGGUUGCCUACCGGCAGGUGAUCCAGGAGCUGCCCCAGCCCGUGGCCUCGUGCUGUCCUGGCUGGAGCAGAGCAAACAGCCACGCACUGGGGUGCAACAGAGCUCUCUGCUGGGUGCCAUGCCAGAACGGUGGGAGCUGCACCUUCCCCGGGAGAUGUGACUGCCCACCUGGCUGGACGGGGCGAGCCUGCCAGACAGAUGUGGAUGAGUGUGCCAGCCAGAGCCACGGGUGUGCUCAGCUCUGCAUCAACACGGCCGGGAGCUACCGCUGCGCCUGCCGGGAUGGCUUCAGCCUCGCUGCUGACCACAAGGCCUGCCAGCCCCUGGUGCCAGCCCCCGAGCCCCCCUUCAGCCAAGCAGUUCCCCCCACUGAAAUGAAGGACGAAAUGAAAGACCUGAAGAGCAGAGUGGAAGCACUGGAGCAGAAACUCCAGUUGGUUCUGGCCCCCUUCCUCAUGCCAUCUGUGCCAGAGGACGUGGGCACAGACCCCAUCAGCCGUCUGUCCCACUCCCUCCAGCAGCUGGACAGGAUUGACUCCCUGAGCGAGCAGAUCUCCUUCCUGGAGGAGCGGCUGGAGACGUGUUCCUGCAAGAACGAACUCUAGCUGAGCACCCAAGGAACUGGACCAAGCAGAGUGCAGCCAGAGCUCUUACCUCACUCUCCAGCCCUUGGUGAGGAUGAAGCCACAUCACCUACAGGAAGGCACAGGGUAGCAGGAGAAGGCUGGUUUCCUAUCAGCAUCUCCAGCAUUUUCUCUUCCAAUUCACCUUAUCAAAGAUCAUGCAGUUACUUCCAAACUGGACUCUGAGCCCUCAGCACCUCAUCCCCUUCCUGCUGGAGGGGCAGAAAAUAAAUGCCUUACCUCGUGCUGGUAGUGCCUGUCUGGCUGUAC